AUGCCUUCUGGUCUGGCACCUUCCGAAGAACAUGUUGAGACGAAGCAGGGCACGUGGCGGCGGCAGCUGGAAACAGCAGCCGUGGUGACUUCCUGGUUCGUCCUAAACAUUGCCAUCGCAAGUUCAACAAAGUGGAUCUUCGUUCACGGCAAAAUCUGUUUUCAGGACAAGGGAUGUACCCGAUAUCAAUUUCCGGUGGCUAUCACAGUCAUCCACAUGAUUUUUUCGUGGCUACUGUGCAGAGUGUACAUAUUUCAAUUUCGUGGAGGUCUGGAAGGGAAAUCCUUGGGACUUGCGCAACAAGCGCGGGAGAUCAUGCCACUUUCCCUUUGCUUUGCCCUUUCUGUGGCGAUGGGCAAUCUUUCUCUGAAGUAUAUCUAUCCUUCCUUCAAUCAGAUGUUGGGAUCCAUGUCGCCACUGAUCACAGUGCUGCUGGCAGUGGUGAUGCAGCAGAAGCGAUUUCCGCUUAAGACGUGGCUGUCGAUGCCGGUCAUUUGCGUUGGGCUCGCGGUUUGUAGUGUGAAGGAGCUUAACUUCAAUGCGCUCGGUGCCUUCUAUGCAAGCGGAGCCACUGUCCUUCGCGCGGUGAAAACCCUCAUACAAGGAAGGCUCCUUUCCACCUCGCACCAGAUGGAUUCUGUAGCUCUACUGUACUACAUGGCACCCUGGGCAGCCAUGUGGCUCUCGUUGAUAAUGCUAGUCUUGGAGGGCGGUGAGCCCUUGUUCUUGUUACUGGCGGUGUUGUUGGCGAAGAAUGGAGAGGGCGGCGGAACUGGCGCUGGCCAAGUGCUUUUUCUCUUGCUGCUUUCAGGCUUGAACGCAUGCCUCCUGAACAUCGCCAACUUCUUGGUGACGUCCUACACAAGCCCCGUCACUCUUCAAGUUCUUGGCAACGUCAAGAGCUGUCUCUCCAUUGCGGUGUCUGUGGCGAUUUUCAGGAAUAGCCUGACUUUGGGGCAAGCCCUCGGAGUUUGCACCUGCUUGGUGGGAGUCUGGAUGUACAACCAAAAGGGGCCGUCCGCUGCCAACAAGGCCUCGGAUGGUGCGGCACCUGUUGAGAUGACACGCCUCGCGCGAAGUCACGACGCCCUUUAA